AUUUCAGUCGAUAGAUCGCGAGAAAACGGUUGUUUCUUCGUUAAAUUAAGUAGUAAUUUUAAAAUUUGUGAAUUUAUCAACAAUACAGGAGUCGCGAGAAGAUUGUCUACAGUUUUAUAUAAUCGUGUGUGUGUGCUGGCUGGCUUCAAUCAAUUUACUUUUAUCAGAUUAAUUAGUGUAUUAUAAAAAAAAAGAGUUAAUAGACAUGGAUGCAAUGACGAGAUGGGGAUAUGAUAUUAGUGAAGUAAAGCCCAAUUAUUCAUACAUAUUUGAUUUCGAGGCACACUUUACUCAUCAAAAAACAAGAGUAUGGAUGCAAAACAAUUGGACAUAUGUAUUUUGGUACUCGGGCGUUUAUAUUUUUGUCAUUUUUGUUGGUCAACAGUUUAUGGCAAAUCGACCUAGAUUCGAACUAAGAGGACUUCUAGCAUUAUGGAAUACAAUGUUAGCAAUGUUUAGUAUAAUGGGUGCUUUCCGAACAGCACCGGAACUUAUUCAUGUCUUGAAAAAUUAUGGCCUAUUCCAUUCUGUGUGUGUUCCUAGCUAUAUUGAACAUGACAGAGUAUGUGGAUUUUGGACAUGGGUGUUUGUACUGUCGAAACUGCCUGAACUUGGUGAUACAAUAUUUAUUGUACUACGAAAACAGCCACUUAUCUUCUUGCAUUGGUACCAUCACAUUACAGUCUUGAUGUAUUCAUGGUUCUCAUAUCAAGAAUAUACAGCAUCAGCUCGGUGGUUUGUUGUUAUGAAUUAUUGUGUUCAUUCUUUGAUGUAUACCUACUAUGCAUUAAAAGCCUUGAAAUUUAAUCCACCGAGAUUCAUUUCUAUGGUAAUUACAUUCCUUCAAUUGACACAAAUGAUUGUUGGAUGUGCGAUUAACAUUUGGGCAUAUGAUUUCCUUCAACAAACCGGACAUGCAGCUUGUAACAUCUCAUGGACCAACAUUAAACUAUCAAUAGCAAUGUACGCUAGUUACUUUAUCCUGUUUGCACGCUUUUUCCAUCUCACGUACUUAUCGAAUAAUGCACGUAAAGGCAAAAGACCAGUAACGUCAGGAACGACAUCACAGCAACCAAAACAUUUGGAUAGCAACAAAAUCAAAGCUCAAUAAAUGCUCUACACAAUAGUUUAUAAGAAUGAUACUUUAUUUUGUAUGAAAAUAAGGAACAAGAAGGAAAAUCAUUUUCAUCGAAGCAUUUUUCACCGGGAUUAUCAAGAUUAUCAUCAGUUUUUAAUUAAGUUUAUGUUUUUUUAGACAAUAUUCUCUCCAUUUCUAUUGAUUUUUCUAUAGCUGAUUUUUUGUUUUUGUACAAUGAGAUCUACACAAUUUAUAUAUAAAUUAAAUUAUGUAAGAAAAAAAAUCAAUUUACCUGUCAUGUUCUAUGAUGACUCCUUCAUCUGUGACUAUAAAAAUCACACAUUUCACGUCAUAGAAACAUAAUUUUGAAGCCUAGUUAUUAAGAGAUAAAUGAAAGCUUUUGUGCGCUUAUAUUUUGUGUCAAAAACAUUUUUAAUUUCCACUUCCUGUUGCUCCUUUAUUGAUUGACUAUAAAUUAUGUUUUGGGCUUCAUUUUUAACGACGAAAUGAUUAUGAAGUGAUGAAAGCUUAUGUAGGAAUCAUGGUGUCGAUUUGGGGAUAUGGUAAGUUGUGGAUUUAGAUUUUAAUCCUAGGAUUAGCAUUAAUAUCUUUGGAUUAAAAUAAAUCCAAGAUCAUUUAACUAGGAUAAAAAAAAAUUCAAUAAUAAGACAAUGCUCAAUGUAGAAGACCCUAGUAUACGUUGACAGAUAGAAAAACAGAGUUCCAAGUUAGAAUAGUCCAAUGACCAUCAAUUUCCCAAAAGUAAUCGACACAAAAAAACACAAAAAUAAAAUGCUUAAUAAAAUUAAAAGCUAGAGAAAUGAGUGUGGGCCAUACGAACUAAAUUUUAGGCUUAUUGUUGCCAUUAUUAAGGAAAAUAUCCGAAUGCCGUUAGAGAUAAGAUACCAAAGAAGAGUGUACAGCGACUUGAUUAAAUUGUUUGAACAUGCACUGCACUCAUUUUAUGUAGUUUUUAUUGUAACAAAAAAAAACAUAUUCCUCAUUAUGUAUAAGAGAACAAUUUUUAUAGUUGGUUGAGGCAUUUAAUCUUUUGUAAGGAACCUGAUUUUUUUUUAAUUAAGAAAACUGGGAAUCACUUCCCUAUAUCAUUUACUUUCCUGCUUGUCAUGCUUGAUGAUGACAAACAAAAAUAAACAACAUCAGCUCAAAACUUAAAAUCUGAAGAAUUAAAUAGUUCAGGGGUGUCGAGCUUUACUUUUGGAAUGAUUUAGAUGCUGCAAUGAAAAAUCGUUAUUUUUUGGAAAUUUUGAAUUUUAACGGAAAAAUACAAUUUAAAUUUUCAACGAAAAUUUGAGUUUCAAAAAAGUACGAUAAAAUUCAAAUUAACGGUUACCAAAAAAUUCACGUUGGGACGAAUUCAGUUCCAAUUUACCAUCGAAUUCUGCAUUUUCAACAGCUCGACCACCCUGAAAUCAUCAAAAAACUCUUAAUUUAUCUAUCUUGUAUGUAAUUAUGACCGAAAGAGAAAGCAAAUAAACGAAUGAGUGAAUGAUUAUGGAAUAAAAAAAAGUUAAUUAAAACAAUGCUAGAUAGCUAGUUAUAGUGAAUUGAAUGAAUAUUAAAAGCAGUUUGCGGUAGUUGGGUUUAUAAAAAAAAUUUAAAUAAAAUUAAUGAUCAGUAAAGUAAAUUCUGGCAAGUUUAAGCACAUCCUUGAAAAUCAGCUUUUUUUAAGAAAAAGUAAGAAAUUUAUUAAUUUUGGGGGAUUAAAACUGAAAUUAUAAAUAA